ACAGGAUGCUAUGCUAACCUAUGUGUGUUUGUACAGUGCGCUGCUCACAAUCGGCAACAACAAAACGAAAAUAGUCGGCAAAUAAGCAGGAAAUUGUGUUAAUGCUAGUGCAAACUAAACCACCGACCUUAAACCGAUCGAAUAGUAAGGGUUAAAGCCUGCGGCAGUGAAAUAUCGGGCCUUCAAAUCGGGCAAUAAAAACGCAAGAACGCGCAAGCGAAAAAAGCAAGAAAAACGAGGAAACAGACGACGCCGCCUGGUGGAUUGGAUGUGGUGAUGCUCCGCUGAGCCGGGAGUGUCCAGCCAUGGAGUCGAUAGUCCUGCACUCGGAUGUGGCGCGCCUGGUCCUGGGCUACCUGGUCAACCAGAAUCUCAAGAGGGCCGCCCACACCCUGUGCCGCACUUCGCCGCACCUGCGCCACGAGUUCCUGGCCCUCAAGCAGGGCCUCCAGACGCACAACUUCCUCAACGGCGGCCUGGAGGAGAUCAUCUGCGAGCAUGUCAAGAUCACCGGAUUGGUUGCAGGCGCCGUGCAGAAGCUGCCGCUGGAGACGCGCCUGCAGCUGCAGCAACUGAAGCUCUCCGAACGAGUGGGCGAACUGAUGGCCACCGGCGAUGGGAGCAGCUGCACCCAAGGGAGCAGCACCCCCGGCGAGCCCAGCGUCGCACCGUCGCAUCGCAAGAGGAGGCGCCUACGCACCCAGUCGCCCGUGAACAGCCUGUCCUCGCCUUCCUUCAGCAAGCGACCGCGUUUGCUGCCGCCGCACUUUUACUGCAGCGUCAGCCGCGACAAGAUCAAGCAGAGCUUCCUGGGCAGUCAGGUGGGUCCAGAGGAAGCGGAGGAGGAGGAGGAGAGCACCACGGCCACCGACGACCUGGAGGAGGAGGAGGAGGAGCUGCCUGGGCCGCGCAACAAUUCCACGCCGCGUCAGCCACAAACGGAGUCCAAUCCCCUCGUGCUCACGCCGCAAAGCAUGCCAGAACUGGCCAGUGCGAUCAUCAAGAACCAGGACUUUCAGGCGACGCUGGUGAAAAACAUAAACGUGGCCCUGCAGACGGUGACUGUGACGAAUCCUUCGGUUAGCUGCGAUGCGAUGCUGGAUGGCCUGGUGAAGAACAUACUGGAGGCCACGGAGAAGGAUCCCUCGUUCGAUCGCAUCAUCCAGGAGGUGGUGAUUGGCGAUGAGCCGCAGGAAGCUCCUGCAGCAGCUCCUGUUAUUCCCGCUGCUAUUGCGGAUCCCCCCGUGGAUCCUGUAGAUCCCGUGCCACCGCAAACGCCGCUCAUCAUUCGCACUGCCGUGGCGGCCAGCAAUUCGGCGGCCAGCAAUGCCGAUCCCAACUUCUCCAUCUCCAAGCUGAUUGUGCUCAAUUCGAACGAGAGUGUCCAGAAAAUGGUGGCCAAUAUGGAUACCUCGAAUGUGAGCUUCACCAGCGACGGGCUGAAUCUAAACUUUGCCGAUCCCGCCUCCAUGCUCUCGGAUGCCGAGGCGGCGGCUGCCGGUCAGGUGUGCGUGGACGCCACCACCGGUCAGCUGACCUUUCCCAUGUAUCUCUCGAAUGGUGGGUUGCUCUCGCACCUGCCCUUUCUGGUGAACAACGAGUGGGUGGCCCAGCAACUGGGUCCCGAUGCCUUUGCCAAUAUGGAUGACUCGCACAUUGAGAUCUCGCUGCCGGAACCGAUUACUCUCUCGGCCAAUCAGCUGCCCCCCAAUUCGAUUAUUAUCAACAGUGCUCAGAAACAGGCGGCGCCACCGAUUCCCAGCUUGGAGCCUCCGGUGCAGUUGAUCAAGGAGGCGGUUAAGCAGCAGGAGAAGCCCCCACCCGCUUCACUCGACUCUUCCCGACAAGUUAUGGAGCGGGUGACGCCCUCGACGGCGGGAAUAAUCAAUGUAAAGGCCUUCCGUAGCUUAUCCACUCCCCGCAAGAGAACCUCGCAUGUACGAACUUUAACUUUCUCGCCCAAGGUUUCUGCUCCAGCACCUGGUAGUUCCAUCCUUCACCCCAAUACGCCGCUCUCCACCCGGCGACCUGGUUUGCUGGCCAAAGCCAAGGAGAAGCCCAUCAUCAAUCAUGUGGAGAUCAUCCAGGCAGCCUGCGAUCUCAGCAGCAACGAGGGAUUAGGCGGUGUGCCGCCUUUAUUUGCCAUGGAGGAGUGCAGCAACCAGACGGUGAUUAGGGCUAAUCCUCCAGCUCCUCCGGCAGCUGCGACGCCCAAGCGAAAGCAGAAGCGCCAGGCGGCGGUGAAGGCGUGCAAAAGAAUAAUCUCGCAGGCGGAAACGGAAUCGAAGGGGGAUCAAAAGGAUCAGGAUGAGAAGAGUGCCUCCCACGACGACAGUGCAGAGGCGAGCAAAGAGAAUCUCCAGGCGGAGAAGAAGGCGGAGGCGCCCAAAGAAACCAUUGCUAGCGAGAGCGACAUGGCCGCCUGGCAGCGCCAGUUGCAUGGCUCCAAUUCCGACUUGGAAAAUAGGUUAAGAGAGAUAAACUCCAAGCGGGAGGAGGUCAAGACCACCGGUGGUCGUGCGAGGCGUCCGAAAAAGAAGGAAACGCCCAAUUCGGCAUCGUCUAAGGCCAGAAAAGUCAAGACAAAGGCGACGGCGAAGCAGGAAACCAGCGAGAAGAUCAACAUCAAGAUUAUUACGCCACAAAAACCGAAGGCUAUCAAAAAGAAGAAGCUGCCAGAGGCGCCCAAAGAGGAGAUCAUUGACGAGACCAUCGAGGAAACCAUAGACGAAACGAGAGAGGUGGAAGUGGAGGUGGAGCCACUGGUGCGUCCCAACAUGGCCAUGCUGCUGGAUACGCCUUUCAAGGCUUCUCCCAAAGAAAAGGAAGAGGAGACUGCCGCAAAAGAAGCCGCUAUUAUUCCACCCACUCCUGGAAUGGCCAUACCACCGCCAAUGGACACGCCAUAUGGCAAGCUGCCCAGCAGCAGUUUCCUUUUUGGCUCCGAUACCAAGAGCAUCAUGGACACGCCCCAAUUGAGCGCCAUUACGCCCGGUUUCCGGCUGACCCCGUUUGGCCAGAUGCCUGGCACUCCCGUGGGCAGUGCCGCCAAGACGGAAUACUCAUCGGGCAGCUCCUAUUAUCGUCCCGACGAGGCGGAGCACACGGAUGCGAAUGCGCAGUGCGCAAUACAGCAGUGGGAGGAGCAGCAGGAGAAGAAGCAGCCAAAGGAGGGCUCUAAAAACAAGGAAGAGUUGGAGGAAGAGAAGAAAGAGCAGCAUCCCGAGGAUAAUAAGGCCACGCCCAAGAGACCAGAGAGGCAGCUUUCACCAGAGGUGGAGAAACAACCUGUUGUCCUCUCCCUGGAACCCACCGUCCUCCGCCGCGUGCGUUCCUUCGGCAGCGAGGCGGUGGACAGUGCCGAAUCCGCGGCAGCCGGCUCCUUUACCUCCUCCGACCUGCCGCACUACAAACUGCUGCCCGGCCUGCCCGAGGCCAUCAUCGAGGGCUCCAGCAGUUCCAGCAGCUCCUCGGCCACCAGCUCCUCCUCCUCCUCGAGUUCGAGCUCCAGUUCAUCGAGUAGCAGUAGCUCCUCCUCCUCGCAAAGUUCUCACAGCGAAAGGGAAGACAACGAUAAGGAGGAGGAGCAGGAAGCAAAUGCCCAGGAGCAGCUCAACAUCGACAACCUUUCGAACAUCAGCAGCACGGAGGAUGAGGAGUGGCUGAAGGCAGCCGGCUCCCAGGAUGCCGCACUGCCCAUGGACAGCCAACCUGGGCAAUUGGUUAGCCAGGAUGGCGAGGUGCGCUAUCCCAUACGCAAUUGGCUGACGCCCAGCAAGGAGCAGGCAGCCCAGGAGGCGAAUAUCAGUGGGGAAGCUCCUCCAGCAGAUCCUCCUGCUGCUCCAGCUCCUCCACCUCCCUCUGCCAUCCAACGCCAGCAGCUGGACGAGAAGCGCCAGCGUGUCAUGGCCAAGUGCAAGCAGCAAUCCCAACCGAUCAGGAGCCAAAGCAAAAAGACUGCCGCCAAGAAGCUAACGGCCAUGCGUGAAACGGCCAAGUUGGCCAAUCCCACGGCCCACAAGUCGCCUAAAAAGCGCGAGCAUGUGGAGCCGCUCAAGACCAAGGCGGCCAAGAAGAUGAUAGAUCCACCAGAGGCGCCGCCAAUCGAUCCGCCAGCCAGCAAACUGGAUCCCGCCCUGCUCAUCGCCCUCAAUUUGUCGGCCAAAAAGCAGGAGCCAUCCGGCAACAAACCAAAGCCGCCGAUUAGCCGGGCAGCGGUGGAGAUUGCCGCCCAACCGGCGCCGGGAAAACAACGUGGACGUCCCAAGAGGCCGCUCAACGGAGAGCCGCCCAAGAUCUCUAUGCGUCGAUCCUCGCGACUGAUUGACAAUAAAACUCCUGCUCCGCUGGAGGAGGCACCCAAAGCUGCCCAGGGCAAUUCCAAAAAGCCUGUGAAAAAGCGCGCCGAGGCCAGGGUGCCCAUGCCCAUGGUGGCCGAGGCGGAAUCCACGCAGAGCACACCGCUGCAGAAACCACAAGACGACAAGCAGAUGCCAGCCAAAGCGGAACCAGAUGAAGGCAGCGAUUACGAGCAGGACAUUUGCCCGAGCAGCAGCCAGGAGCGCUGCACUUUCAGCUACUCUUAUGCGGACAACGGACCCAAAUCCAGCAAUCCCAUGAUGCGCCAGCCGCUGAGCUUCUUUCGCAACUAUCAGAUGCGCAUGAUGACCGACGACGAGCAGGUGCACACGAUGCGCAUCGCCGACGAACAGUUGAUGCAGCUCGGCCAGCAAAUGGCCAGUGUGAUACGGAAUAUACCCAAGAAGCGGAUACGCCGCCUGACCAGCAAUAGUGGAGCAGCUGCAAUGGGAGGAAGUGCAACGGAAACGGAAGUUACCGCCGCCGCUGGAGGAGAACAGCCAUCGGCCACUUCGACGCCGCUGGCGGAGAAGCCGCCGUCCAGGAGCGAACCGCAGGAUGAAGACGAUCUGGAGGUGGCCACCAUCAAUUCAGCUCCUUUAGCAGCGAGCAGCAGCAGCGGUGGUGCAGAUGGAGAUGGAGAAACCGGAGAAACCCCGGAGAACUCUGCCCAGCAGAAGGAGCCGCACAGCGUGGAGAUCGAGGACAUCGAGUCGAUACUGUCGCACCUUCACGGCACCUGAUUCCAUCAUCGUUUCAACGUUAAAACCUAAAGCUAGGCAAUCACAAUCACCCUAGUUAAGUGUAGAAAAAAGAAGCAGUCUUGAAGUGAAUUUAACCUACUACCUUGGGCCCAAGUUAUUAUUAUUCGGCCCCAGGGAUCGUUAUUAUUAAAGUAUUUAUUUUCGCUGUAAGUUGAGACGGAGCAGCACAACCUGCUCACAACACAACAUUCACAAGAAUAUCCCCGAAGGAAUCACUAAUUUAUGUUUCAUUAUCCGCAUUCUUAUCUAAUAUAUAAAUAUAUAUAUAGAAAUAUAUAGCGCUGUAUAUUGAUAGCCAGUUGAUUUAAUUGUUAAGAGUCGUUUUUUUUUUUAUUUGCUAUUAUUAGUAUUACUUAGGCCCCGACCGAACAAAAAUUUAUGAUUUGAUUUUGUACUCCAACGGAUAAAGAGAAUAUAAGGA